AUGAUUCUCUCUCUCUCUAUUUCUCUCUGAAUUCUAACAAAACCCAUCAUCUGCAACAAAUCCGACCAUCAAAUGGGCAAGAUCAAGAAUCCAUUACCGAUCUCAUGUUUUCUCCUCACAUGUCUUAGCGUUGUUAUAGUUCCUGUCUCUGCUCACACAUGCUUAGACACUGGUUUCUUCGUACCAGAGAGUCCUUACGGCAUAAACCACCGUCUCAUCCUCUCUUCUCUCGCUUCGACGGUCACAUCUCAAGGCGGUUAUUACGCCGCCUCGAUUGGGCAAGAACCCUCGAAAUGUUAUGCUUUAGGCAUGUGUAUCCCAGCUGCCAAACCAGAAGAUUGUUCAGAUUGUAUUCAGACCGCGUCUCAAGGGCUGUUACAAAGUUGCCCUAAUCAGACAGAAGCUUUCUCGUGGUUCAGCGACAACAAAACCCUUUGCCUUGUGCGUUACUCAAACCGAACUUUUGUCAGAUUGCUCAAUUUGGAGCCUCGGGUUGUGAUGAACGACACUGGAGUGACCAUCGAGUUGAAUUCGACAGAGUUUGAUGGAGUGUGGGAAGGGUUAAUGAAUCGUAUGAUUGAUGGCGAGUUAUCGUUGUCUAGAAUUAAGAACUACGCAGCCGAUGUGACUUCCUUGACGAAUUCCCGAGAUAUAUACGCGUUGAUGCUAUGCACUUCGGAUCUGUCUCAAGAGGAUUGCCGCACUUGUUUACAAGAAAGCGUAGGCUUAUGCAGAUCGAAACUCGAAUCAAAUUGGAAGAACCGUGGCAAUUGCCGUUCCCUGUGUCUUUAUUAUCUCGGUACUGGUUGCUCUGGGAUUUGCAUUUUGUCGAAGGAGAAAGUUAUACCAAGCAGCUGAACUUGAAAGUGAGGAUUACGUUACGUCUACAAGCUCGUUGAAAUUUGAUUUCAAGACCAUUGAAGCUGCAACGAACAAAUUUUCGCAACGUAACAAACUUAAGUGAGGUGGAUUUGGUGAAGUUUAUAAGGUAUCUCGUUGUCUAGCUUUUUUUGCGUUUCCAUACCAAUGUUUGAUCCGUACCAUUCGCAAGGCACAUUUCAAGGCGGAACUGAAGUUGCAGUGAAGAGGUUGUCAAAGACAGGACAAGGCGCACAAGAGUUCAAGAACGAGGUUGUUCUUGUAGCAAAGCUUCAAUAUAGGAAUCUGGUUCGGCUUUUGGGAUAUUGUUUGGAAAUAGAAGAAAAGAUGUUGAUCUACGAGUUUGUGCCGAACAAAAGCCUCGACAAUUUCCUGUUCGAUCCUUUGAAGCGACUCGAACUGGACCGGACAAGACGGUACAACAUCAUCGAAGGGAUAGUUCGUGGAAUUCUGUAUCUUUAUCAAGAUUCUCGGCUCACAAUCAUACAUCGGGAUCUCAAAGCAAGUAACAUUCUCUUAGACGUCGAUAUGAACCCAAAAAUCGCAGAUUUUGGCAUGUCGAGGAUAUUCAGAAUGGACCAAACUCGAGCUAAUACGAGAAGGAUAGUUGGAACCUAGUAACUAAACCUUGUCCUAACAUCUCUAUAAAAAUUUUGAGUUAAAAAAAACUUUUGCGGCUAACUAAUUCGGAAUUUUUUUUGUUGUACAAC